UUGUGUGACGUCACCGCAGAACUUUGCUAUUCCCUGCUCGACCAUAGCUAGUUAGCUAAAAUAUCUCAAAUAUACAUUGUUUGUUUUAUCAUUAUUUACCAUUACAGUUAUUUGUUAGUGCAAUUUGAGAUUUUUAUGUAUUUAAAGAGCGAAACAACACAAUUUCAUCCUUCCUGGUCUCAGCGUCACGUUGAAACGUCUCGGGCUAGCUUAGCUGGCUAGCUGCUAAGAAAGAGACAAGGCGGAAGUGAUCGACACGUCGCUAAAGUGUUGUGUGCGUGUGAAAAUGUGUCAAGUAGAAAUGCUGAGAGUGUUGGUGAAGCAGCGACUAACUGCUGCUGUGGAAGAAAUAUUUGUAGUGUUAGAAAGAACGAUAGCAGAAUACGAGGAGGAACUUUCUAGAACAAAAGAGGAGAACGAGCGACAACGUCAACUACUGGACGCUCUUUUCAACAAACAUCAACAAACAGACGUCAACGAAGAACAUCUUCUCCCUGAGCAGCAGGAAUGCAACUCCAGCGUGGAACAGGAGGAGCCACAGUCCCCCCACAUUAAGGAGGAAGAGGAGGAACACACUGUCAGUCAGGAGGGAGAGCGUCUUGAAGGACUGGAUGAGUUCCCAGUGACUGGUGUCCCUGUGAAGAGUGAAGAAGAUGAGGUCAAAGGUGAAAGUGAGGAGCAGAGAGAGGCGGAGCCUCCAAGCAGCAGCUCAAGUCAACACAUGACAACAGAAGGUGAUGGAGACCACUGUGGAGGAUCACAAGCAGACAAGAUCUUAGCUCCACUAUUAGAUAGUGACCACACAUCUUCUCACACUGAUGAUGAAGACUCUAAAGCUGAUAACUCUGAAAACUUCAAAUGCUCUCAGUGCGACAACACUUUUAAUCACAGUCAUACUCUGAAAAAGCACAUGAGAAGUCACACUGGACAGAAACCACACUCCUGUUCAGUCUGCGACACACAUUAUAGUCACCACUCAGCGCUGUUUCGACACAUGAGUAAACAUGCUGGUGAGAAACCUUUUACCUGCUCAGUUUGUGGUAAAACCUUCCUUUCGAAGAGGUCACUGACAGAACACACAAGAACACACACUGGAGAGAAACCCUUUACGUGCCUUGUGUGUGGUAAAGAAUUCCAUUUAAAGAGGUCUUGGAAAGAACAUACAAGGACCCACACUGGUGAGAAGCCCUACCAAUGCUCAAUUUGUGAUAAAAACUUCUCUCAAAGGUCACAUCUGCAAAUACACACGCAAAAACACACUGGAGAGAGACCUUUCACCUGCUCAGUGUGUGGGAAAGGUUUCUUUGUGAAGGGGGCUUUGGCAGAACACACAAGAACACACACUGGAGAAAAACCGUAUUCGUGUUCAGUGUGCGACUCACAUUUUCGUCACCACUCCGGACUGACUCGACACAUGAGGAAACACACCGACGAGAGACCUUUUAUCUGCUCAGUGUGUGGUCAAGCUUUUCUUUCGAUGGAGUCUUUGACAGAACACACGAGAAUGCACAGUGGGGAGAAACCUUAUGCCUGCUCAGUUUGUGGUAAAACUUUCCUUUCAAAGAGCUCUUUGACAGAACACACAAGAACACACACUGGAGAGAUGCCGUUCACGUGCCAAGUGUGUGGUAAAGAAUUCCACUUGAAGAGGUCUCUGACAGAACAUGCAAGGACACACACUGGUGAAAAACCUUAUAAAUGUCCUAAUUGUGACAAACAUUUCUCUCAAAGGUCACGUUUGCAAACUCAUGUACGAACGCACACCGCUGAGAAACCUUUCACCUGCUCAGUUUGCGGUAAAGGUUUCUUUGCGAAGGCGGCGUUGGCGGAACACGUCAGAACACACACUGGAGAAAAACCGUUUUCGUGUUCAGUGUGCGACUCACAUUUUUCUCACCAUUCAGCGCUGACUCGACACAUGAGGAAACACACUGACGAGAGACCUUUUAUCUGCUCAAUGUGUGGCCAAGCUUUUCUUUCGAUGGAGUCUUUGAUAGAACACACGAGAACGCACAGUGGGGAGAAACCGUUUUCCUGCUCAGUCUGAGCUCAAAAGUUUCUCUGUGAAAGCAAAUUUGAGGUCACACGUGAGAACACACACCGGACAGACAUAAGGUGGCAAAUUGAAGCCAGGAAGUUAUAUAAAUGUUGUUUUAUAUGAUAUAUUGUGAUGUAUUAACCAGUGUUAUCGAUCUAACUUCUCUCUGACAUGUUUCAUGCUAUUUGUGCCUUCAUCAGCAAGAAACAAAAUCUGUUUAUUUGUACUGUUUUCUUUUUUUUUUUUAAUCAGCAGAUUACCUGUAAAUAAUCACUGGCCAAUUAUGGAUAAAUAAACACAGUGCUGUCAUAUAAAGAAGUACAUGAACUAGUAUCACAUUUUUUAAACAUGUACUUUGAGUUAUUCCUGUGUUUGCUUGUUUAGCCAUGUUUUGUGAUAUAAAGCAAUGUCAUA